AUGUCUAUCAUCACUUCUUCACGUCACCGUCACCGUCAACGAGUAUCGCGAUCAUCAGGCUUCUCAUUGUAUUGGUCCCUGGCAUCGAGGUCAGUCUGCUCCCUACGCUUUCACCUUCAGUCUCUCUUCGCUGAUGCCAAAGUUUUUAAGAGACUUCGCCGCAAAUUCCACGAGAUCCACUUGUCUGGGCUCUCCAGUGAUAGCAAGACUGCUGGCAUUGAGCGUAAUAUCGCUCUUAUUAUCCGUGAUUGCCGACUCAAGCGGCGCAUCCUUACAGAGUGGAGGCUCGAUUAG